UUCUUUUGUUCCUAGCCCAAGCGGCGACGACACCUCAUUUCAACCGCGCCGGUUUCGAGGCUCUUCCCACUCCUCAUUUCUCCUCUUCCCCCAACUUCCCACGUCGUUCCCCUUCUCUCUCUCUCUCUCUCUCUCUCUCUCUCUCUCUCUCUUCACUGAUCCUAGGGUUCCCUCUCUCUCUCUCUCUCUCUCUCUCUGAGGCGCUCAGGUCGACGGAUCGAUCACCAUGAGCGACAACAAGGGCGAUCUCAACCUCUCCGAUCUCAAAUCCUCUCUCCCCUCCGCUACCGCAGCUUUGAGCGCGGAAGAUCGAGCGGGCUUUGUGAGCGCUCUUAAGAACAAGGUUCAAGGACUGGCUGGAGCGCACGGAAAUGCUCUUGAGAGCCUCAAUCCGAAGGUUAGGAAGCGCGUCGAGGUCCUCAAGGAGAUCCAGAGCCAACAUGAUGAGCUAGAGGCAAAGUUCUUGGAGGAAAGAGCUGCGCUGGAAGCUAAAUACCAGAAGCUGUAUGAACCACUCUACACCAAGCGUUAUGAGAUUGUGAAUGGUCUAGUUGAAGUGGAAGGUGUCACAAAAGAAUGUGCUGAUGACACCUCUGCAGAGGAUCAAAACUGUGAAGCAGAGAAAGGUGUACCAGAGUUCUGGCUCACUGCAAUGAAGACUAACGAGUUGCUGGCUGAAGAGAUCCAGGAGCGUGAUGAAGAAGCUUUGAAGUUUCUUAAAGAUAUUAAAUGGUGCAGGAUUGAUAAUCCAAAGGGCUUCAAGCUUGAAUUCUUCUUUGAUCCUAAUCCGUACUUCAAGAAUUCUGUGCUGACAAAAAUAUAUCACAUGGUCGAUGAAGAUGAACCCAUUCUAGAGAGAGCAAUAGGGACUGAGAUUGAGUGGUUUCCUGGGAAGUGCUUGACUAAAAAGGUUCUGAAAAAGAAACCCAAAAAGGGAUCGAAGAAUGCCAAGACUAUCACGAAAAUCGAAAGUUGUGAGAGCUUUUUUAACUUCUUUAAUCCACCUCAAGUACCUGAUGAUGAAGAUGAACUUGAUGAUGAUACUGCUGACCAGUUGCAGAAUCAGAUGGAGCAAGAUUAUGAAAUUGGAUCCACCGUAAGAGAGAAGAUAAUCCCACACGCUGUUUCGUGGUUUACUGGGGAGGCUGUCCAAGAAGAGUUUGAAGAUGAUGAGGAUGAUGAAGACGGGGAGGAUGAUGAAGAUGAAGAGGAAGAAGACGAUGACGAAGAUGAGGAUGACGACGAAGAGGAGAAGGCCAAAGUCAGGAAGAAGAACAGCAGGGGAGCGUGAGCAGAGGAAGGGCAGCAGGUGGAAUGGCCACUCGGAUGCCAGCAACAGCAAGCAAGCUCUUUCAAAGAUGAGUUGCCGCAGCUCUAUUGCUGUUAGGAGAUAUUAUGUAGAUAGUAGUUUUGUUCUGUUCCCUUCCUCUUGUUACCUCAGCAAGCAUAUUUAGGAAAAAUAGGGGUUUCUGCUGUUCUUUUAAUCAUGUAUGUUGGUGGUUCUUUUGUUGCGCUUACUUACAAUCACAAGUGGCUGUGAAGAUUUUUUUUUUCUUUUGCAUUAUUUUAUGAGUGGUUUUGAAGAUUCCCUGCUGCCCGCCAAAAAAAAAGAAGAAAAACUUCAUACUUGUGCUUGCAGUGGUGAAAUUUGUUUGAUUUGUUUCAAUCUUCUACCACUCUCUAUCAGCAUCUUUUUAUUUU